GUAGUCAACUAUAUAAAAGGUCAAGUUCUGCAGCUGUUAUUUGCUGUCUUGGUGGAGUCGUCUGAGUAAACAAGUGAGUUCAAAAUGACCAGACUUACAGUUAUAGCAGCCAUAUGUCUGGCAAUAUGCCAGAUGGGGUCUGCCAGCCGAAUGGAAUGCUACUUCACCAACUGGUCCCAGUAUAGACCUGGUGAGGGCAAGUUCCUGCCAAAAGAUGUGGACCCUUUCCUUUGCACUACCCUGAUCUAUGCCUUCUCAAUCAUCAACUACAACAAUGAGUUGGUCACCUAUGAGUGGAAUGAUGACAUCCUCUACAAGUCUUUCAACGAACUGAAAAAGAAGAAUCCUAGUCUAAAGACUCUUCUGGCUGUCGGUGGAUGGAACUUCGGCUCAGCACAGUUUUCCAUCAUGGUGUCUAAUGAAGCUAAUCGUCAGAGGUUUAUCCAGUCUACAAUCAAAUUCCUAAGAACUCAUGGAUUUGAUGGUCUGGAUCUGGACUGGGAGUACCCUGGUUCUCGUGGAAGUCCCCCAGAGGACAAACAAAGGUUCACUCUUCUCUGCAGGGAGCUGGCUGUUGCCUAUGCAGCUGAAGCCAAGGCCACUGGCCAACCUCAGCUGAUGUUGACUGCUGCUGUUCCUGCUGGAAAAGGAAACAUUGAUGCUGGAUAUGAGAUCGCUGAAGUUGCCAAGGAACUGGACUUCCUCAAUGUGAUGACCUAUGACUUCCAUGGAACUUGGGAACAGUUUACUGGGCAUAACAGCCCCCUGUUCCGUGGCUCACAGGACUCUGGUGACCUGAUCUACUUCAACACUGAUUAUGCUAUGAAGUACUGGAGAGACAAUGGAGCUCCGUUAGAGAAGCUGAGGAUGGGCUUUGCUGCUUACGGUCGUACCUUCCGUCUGACAUCUUCAAACACUGGUGUUGGAGCCCCAGCUAGUGGCCCUGCAUCAGCCGGUCCAUUCACACGUGAAGCAGGAUUCUGGUCCUACUAUGAGAUUUGUAACUUUGUGAAGGACACCCCCAUUCAGUGGAUUGAGGACCAGAAAGUCCCAUAUGCCACAAAGAACAAUGAGUGGGUUGGAUUCGACACCAGGGAGAGCUAUGAUAUUAAGGUGAGCUACCUGCAGGAACAAGGGUUCGGUGGUGCCUUUGUGUGGGCCCUUGAUUUGGAUGACUUUACAGGACAAUUCUGCGGACAAGGAAAACACCCACUGUUGUCUCAUCUCAACAAAAUUCUCAAUAUUGAGAUGCCCACACUGCCCCCAACUACCACCCCUGACCCAAAUUUUACCACCAAAUCCACAACCACAACAACCACAACAACCACUCAUGCUCCAGGACCUGGCUUCUGCAAUGGCAAACCCGAUGGGCUGUACGCCAAUCCAGAUGACAAGGCAACUUUCUACAUGUGCGCUGGGGGGAUCACACACUUGAGAUAUUGUGGUGCUGGAUCUGUCUUUAAUGACAAGUGCAAGUGCUGUGCCUGGCCCUAAGUCUCAAGUGGACACAAUGUGUAAAACCAUGGCUAAAAUACCUGCUUUAGAACAGGCUCCCCCAGCAUUUCUUUAUCCACUGUGUACAGCAUUAUUUCUUUAAUGUGUGUAUAAUCAGUGUAUAAAUGCAAUGUAUUUAAUUUUAAUGUAACAUUUUACAGAUAUUACCUCACAUGCUACCAACAGGACACCUGUCAAAACCCAUACUACAGUUCACAAACAUUUUUCUCUCUUUAAAAACUGUCAUAUAUUCAUCAGUGUGAAAAUACUUAUAAAAUAAAAAGCAUUAAUGAUACAGAGUC